AUGGGUGGAUGUGGAUGUGGAUGGAAGAACGAAUCGAGUCCGACCGCAGGGAUCGAUGAUGCGGACAAGCGGACAAGUGGACAAGUGGAGGAGUGCGUGGAUCUACCGGCAGGCGGGAGUGGAGAUACGCGUGGCACUUGUGGACGGGAACUCUUUUCUCGUACUCUUCCCGUGCCGACAACGACCGUCUGGCCUGUUCCCGCGGUUCUCCUGCCAGUGCCAACUGCCAAGUACCGGUACGCCCGACUCAUCGAGUCCUCCGGGUUGACACGGCCCGUUAUGGGCGCGACUGCCCCCUCUGGCAGUACCGGUGGUACCGGUACUGCCUCAGCGCAGGGUCCGGUCGUCUCCCAUGCUCGGUGGCUGUUGCACGGUGCACAGUUCUAA